AUGAAAAUUAAAUAUAAAAUAAAACUUUUAAUUUUUUUUUUGUAUUAUUUCAUAUUUAAAAAUUAUAUAUCAGAAAAUAGUAUUAGAAAAUAUGUUUCUUUCAUUAGAUUAGUAUAUUCUUAUUCUAAAAAGAAGGUGUGUACUUCUUCAGCAGAUGAUUCAACAUGUCGCACUGUUGUUUUUGGACAAUUAGAUGUUUCUAAUAAUUCUGUAUUAAGAUUGAAAAUAUUGAGACCUGAGGGAAAAGGGUAUUUUUUAACUAUUAGAAGAGAUUAUGUUGUAAUUUCUUACUAUCUAAAAUAUAUAAAGGAUAUUCCUUUAAAAUAUAGAGAAGUAGUAGACUUAUUUAAUAAUCAUAAAUAUGAAAAGUAUUCUGCAAAAGAAAUAGAAGAAUAUACUUAUAAAUGUAAUAUCCGUAGAAUUGAAGAUAUAAAAAAGAAUGUUGGAAAUUUCCCAUCUUAUUUUCUUGAGUAUAUGAGAGGAGAAUCAUGCAAAUGUCCAUCUUUUAAUCUUUUUAAAAAUGAUAAUUUUAUAAAAAGAGCAAAAUUAAAAUGUAAUUAUUUCAAUAUGUUAUUUACUGAUUCUGCUAUAGUUUAUAGCAGACAUUGUGCAAUAAUGGAUUUAUUUUAUUUUUCCGUUUAUGAUAUAGAUUAUCCUCCUAUAUUUAACACUUAUGUUGAUAUAACAUUGCAAGAAUAUUCGUACGAUGAUGUAACUAGUGUUUUGAAUAAUAAAAAUGAUUUAGUUACUAAAGAAAAAAAAUAUCAAUUAAAUGAUGCUAUGACUGAAAUUAGAGAUGAUUACUUUGACGUUUGGAUAUUUUUAAGAAGUGAAUCUCAUGGAAAAAGAAGCUUAGUUAAUUUAUCAAAUGACUAUAUUUUAAUUCCAUCUUCACCUAAAAAUAACUCAGAUGUAAUAUCAAGUGAUGUUACAAGAAAUUGUGGUUUAAAAGAAGAUUCUCCUCUACUAAAAGGAUGUGACUAUAAUGAAAUGUGCAAUGUUAUUCAUCCUUGUUUAAGAAAAGCAUUAAUGUUGCCAAAACAUCUCUUUGAUUUAAGUGGAAAAACAUGCAAUAAAUUAGGAGUAUCCUUAAACAAAUGGAGAGAUGGAGGAGGAAAUUUCUGCGGUUCUUCUACAGGAUAUUGUUUAUCAGCUAGUCUUUUUAAGUAUUAUAAUGAACAUACAACGUCUAUUGGUAGAAAUUCUGCAUCGAAAUAUAAAAUUAAAAAUACCUAUGCUUCAGAAGCACAAACCAAAAUUUACAAUUCAGUUAAUUUACCUAACUAUUUGAAAGAUAAAAUAAAUAAUAAAAAUGAUAUAGAUAUAAAAGAUCUUGAUAAUAAAGUUUUUUAUAAUGAAUAUUCAGCAGCACAUAGCCAAUUUAUUGAUUAUAAAUAUAAUGGAAAUCAUUCAGUAGAAAUAAAGUUUGAAACAAAUGCUCUAGAAGUUUAUGAAAUACGACCAAUAUCAACUGCUACCAUUACACACAUUACUACACCGAAAAAUUGUUCUUCUAAUCAGUCUGACUCCAAAGGUUGUACAUUAAUUGUUCAUGUAUGGAAUAAUAAUAAAAAAAACGGUGCCAACUUUUCAUGUCAUGUGGUAUGUACCGAACAGGGAAGUGAAAAAUUAGCUAGCCAUGUUAGUCCUAUUGAUAAAGUGAAUGCAUAUAUUGAUGCUGAUAAAAAUUAUGCUUUUCAUUUUAUUAUUAGAUUUUUAAUAAAUAAACAAAUCAGAACAACUUGUAAAGCAAUUGUAAAAGAUGCAAAUGGAAGAGAGUGUUUUAAAGAAGAAUUUGAAUUAACAUCAAAAGAGACGAAACAUGUUAUUGAAUCCAAUAUAGAAGAAGAAAAAAUAGAAACAACUUUUACUAAAUACGAAAGUGAUAGUACUGAUACAGUUCCUCCUGUCAAAGAUACAUGUCAAUGUUCGGUUGAUUUAUUAUGCUAUUUAUUUAAUUUUAAAAAAUGUUCUUCCUAUUAUUCAAAUUUACUAAAAGAAUUCAUUGGAAAAUUUGUGACAUUAGGUAUUUUAAUUAUUAUUGCACCAUCUCUAAUACCUCUUCUUCCAUUCAUUAUUAAAUAUUUUUUUAAAUGUUUAUUUUUGCCAAUAAAAAUAUGCUCUUUUUGCACUACUAGAAAAAAUGAAAAUACACAAAAAUACAGAAAUAUUCAUAAAUACAAUAAAUAUGAAAAACACAGAAAAAAAAAAAAAAGUUUUUCGUCUUCUUCAAAUGAUACUAGUAGUUCUUCUAGUACUGAAAGUGUAAAAAAGUAUUCAUUAAAAAGAGGAAGAUCAAUGAAACAUAAAAGACACAAAGGAAAAAAAAAAAAAGAAAGAAAAAUAAGUUAUCUUAGUCAAUAUAGUGGUACAUCAUUAGAAAGUACCAUUACGUACUCAACCCCUUCUAUUGAAUCCAUUAGUCUAAAUGAAUCAGAUAUUUCCUCUAAUUCAUAUAAGCAUAAUUCUUCAAGAUACAAAAAGAAUACAAAAAAAUAUAAAAGUAGAAAUGCGUAUAAAAAAAAAAAUAAAUAUAAUGAAAUGUCAGAUUAUUCAUCUUAG